UCUGCUGCUAUCGCCCUCGAAUCGCACAUUUUAAUCGCACCUUAAGUUAAAACUCGCUAUUCGCCUGUCAGAUCAUUAAAUUUGUUUAUUUUUUUUUUGUGAUUUACUUUGUAAAAUUUUACUUUUGUGAUGUUUGCAUUUUUAAGAGUAUGAAGUCAGUAUGUUGAUAUGAAAGUAUUAAAAAUAUUCGAGAGUGCCGCAAACCUAUUCCAACGUUUUAAUUAUCCAAGUACCGGAAACUUACACUCCUUGCUUCACACUUCUAGAAACAAAAUGGUCAAAUUCUUAGGUCAAAAAGAAGCGAUUAAUAUAGAUGUUGAGCUCUUCAAUGAGUAUAAAUAUUCAGUGGAUCAACUUAUGGAACUAGCUGGACUUAGUUGUGCUUCAGCUGUGGCCAAAUGUUUUCCUAAAGAUAGAUUAAAUAAUAAAUUGGUUCUGGUUUGUUGUGGACCUGGAAAUAAUGGAGGAGACGGACUCGUUUGCGCAAGACAUCUUAAAUUAUUUGAUUACAAUCCUGUAGUUUUCUACCCUAAGCAAACAGAUAAAGAGCUCUUUCAUAAUCUAACGCAUCAGUGUGUUUCUAAUAGCAUUCCGGUGUUACAGGUACUACCAGAACCUUCGGAAAUCGAAGCUAAGUAUGGUUUAAUAAUAGAUGCGUUGUUUGGAUUUAGCUUUAGGCCUCCUGUUAGACCUGAUUUUGUGCCCGUUAUAAAUAUUUUAAAGAAUACUAGUCUUCCGAUUGCUAGUGUGGAUAUUCCUAGUGGUUGGGAUGUAGAAAAAGGUGAACCGGAGGAAGGAGGGAUUAAGCCGGAACUUCUAAUUUCGUUAACAGCUCCGAAAAAAUGCGCGGAAAACUUUAAAGGAAAAUACCAUUAUUUGGGGGGCAGAUUCGUUCCUCAGCCAUUGGAGGAGAAAUACAAGCUAAAUCUGCCAGUAUAUCCCGGUAUUGACUGUUGUGUUUCAUUAAAAUGAUAAAAUAUAAUCGUUAAUUAUAAAUGUUAAUUAAUUUUAUACGCUCAAAUUUGUAUUUUGAUUUAGAUAUAUAAAGUCUAACAGCGUGUGUUAUAAUUUUUUUGUGUGGUAGGCGGGGUCUAUCAGGGAUUGUGCAACUACGACCACUUUAGUAGGCAUGAAUUUAAUAUAAUAUGUACUAUAUCAGUAUAUCAAGCAUUUUUUAAAUAUAAAAAGAAAAAUUG